GGAUACGUACAAAAGUCAGCAGGAUAUCGAGUAGAAUUCCGCAAUAUGUUGGGUAGGAGUUAUUCUAAUGAUCUACUUCUUCACUGCUUAAUCCUGAACGGCAUUCUUACGGAAACGGUUGGUUUGGCCAAUGUGACGCUGAUGAUCUACGGAACAUGGCCAGCAUUCUUGGUGCAGUCGCUGCCGUUUAUGGGACCGGGCUUUGAUUUGGCCGUUGCCCAAGUACAAGACGCUUUUGCCUCGACGCUCAAUAUGUCCCGUAUUUAUGUGUCGAGUAAAAAUGUAAAGGACUGUGUGGACAGCGGCGCUUAUUUUACGGAUGUCGCCGACUACUACUAUCGGCACGAAAAUCAUACCUCGGAGUCCCACGAACAAAAUAUACUGGUACUUAUUUAUUCAGGUUGCGAUGACUCUCCAAUGUUUGCCGAACUGGGAAGAGAAUGGAACAUUAUGGUUGUAUCGUGUGGUACAACAUUCUCCAAUUUGCGCAAUCGGGAUCGGUUUCCCACGACCAUCGCGGCCGGACCGGUACAGUACGAUCUGCAUGCAUCGGCCAUACUGGAUCUGUGUAACCGGUACAACUGGACCACGAUCGGUUAUCUCUACGACACAUCCCAGCUAAAUCCGUUUAAUUUACGCUCCUACCAACGCGUUAGUCGAUUUCUACGCAUCUACGCACCGCACAUUCAGAUCAAUCCCUUCGCGAUAAGAGCAUAUUUGCGGAACCAGACAACCGGAGAAUACGUGUGGUUUACAGUGGACCUCAAUGAGCACUCUCUUGGGCCGGUGACUUGGCAGCGAAACGAAACUGAUGACGAGGUUGCAAGAGCUGCAUUUGCCGGAAUGUUUCAAGUAAUAAAUUGUUGGAAUUAUGGAUCUGAGAUCGACAAUUUGCGAAAAAACUGGAAAGAACACACAAAAACCGACUACAAUGCAACUUAUCCAGGCAGAAACGGUCCAAAUGAAUUUACAAUAACCGCAUACGGUAUUGUCCAUGUCUUAGCCCAGGCGGUUAACGAAAGCGUCGCUGUCGGUGCGGACCCAACCGAUGCUCGAGAUCUGACCAAACGUUUACAAGAUCGACAGUUCACUGUACCGGUUGUUGGAGCGUUCCGCAUUGAUCAGUUCGGAGAGCGGCAAAACACAGUCUGUGUCAACGCUUUUGACAGCGCUACCGGUCAGUUUGAGAGGAAGCUCUUCUGUGAUUUUACCAAUUCCAAACUCAAGUCCGUUCGCAAUAUGACAAUAGUUUGGCAUACUCCCACCGGUGACCCUCCACUCAGCGAACCAUGGUGUGGUUACACAGGGGAUGCAGUGCGCUGCCGAAAUUCAGGAAAUGCAACUACGAUCGCAAGCGCCCUGGGAGCUACCCUGACGGUCUUGGUUCUCCUUCUCAUCGCCAUUUUCCACGUAAACCGGAAAAGUCAAAAAGCUCGUGAUGUUUGGUGGAAAAUGUCACUUGACCAAAUAACGCUCCAGACGCCUUCCAAAACGACAAUCAACGGGGAAGAUAAAACGGCCUCACAAGGAAAGGGCAUGAUCAUUGCACAGGAACGCUUCAUCUGGAUUCGCAAUUUUAAACGGACAACGAAUGCCCCUUUUCCAGAUAAACAUGCAGUUCAAACCAUGAGAAAACUCCGCACAUUCUCCCAUCCAAAUAUUGUGAAUUUAUUUGGCAUCAUCGAAACCGAUCGCAACUUACUGUUUAUUAGCGAGUAUACGGAUAAAGGCAGCCUGGAAGACGCCCUGAAAACCAAUAGUCUUCACGACUGGGAGCUGAGAACUAAAGAUUAA